AUGAGUAACCAGCGGAGAGAUCUGAGAAGGAAGACUUUUGUCUGGGUUCUGUCGGUUUGCUUCUUCUCUUCGCUCCUUUUUCAUGCUGCGGUUGCCAUGAAUUGCCAAGACCUGAAGCGAGCGGGAAUCAUCCCCGAUGUCCUUCCCGAGUCGGCGUGUAGAGCGCUUUCUGUGGAGGUCGGCAUUCAAUUCGCCAGCGGCUCGCCGACCAAAGGAUCCCGCAUGGCUCUGCAUGCAGUCACUGACUGUCCGACAAUUACGCUCUCUCAGCGACCUGAACAAGGACAGAAAGCUGUCGUUUUCCUGACUGACCCAGACGCCCCCAGUCGCUUGGUGCAUCUCCCAUCAACUAGUGAACUCAGGCGCGUUGUGCGUUUCAGAGCGAACCCUGUCGCUGGCGAAUGGGCGCAUUGGGUUGCAUCUGCAGAGGACAAAACAAUUCAGAGCGGCUCCAAGACAUUCCUUCCCUACGCACCCCCCACCCCCCCCAAAGGCACCGGACCGCACCGUUACGUCGCGCUCGUUUAUUUCGGCUCAACCUCCAAACUGACUGGUGUCCCUUCGCCCGCCAACCGACGCCAAUGGGGCGGUCCACGACACGCGCAUGCAGUUGCGUCUGAAAGCGGUCUUGCGCUUGUGGGUGUCAAUUGGUUUACAGUUGAACAUAAAUAA